AUGGCUCCAUACGAUCCUUUGACUCAGCUUAUUGUGAUCCAUGGGCAGGAUGACGAGCCUAUCAAUGUCCCCCUUCCCGUUCUUGAGGACUUUUCCCAGUACAACAUCCGGGCUUGCAUCGAUUAUGGAGCUCAGCUUGGUGCAACGGCAGUUCUUCUCAUCGUUCUUCUACUUCUGACCCACCGAGACAAGCGUCGCUCAUCUGUCUUCUUGCUCAAUGCACUGGCUCUGUCGGCAAAUUUCUUGCGUCUGCUCUUUCAAUGCAUCUCUUUCACGACUGGAUUCGAGGACAUCUACCCCUAUUUUACUGGCGACUACUCCCACGUUGACUCUCGUGCCUAUGCUAUCUCAGUUGUGGCAGUGAUUUUUGAGACUCUCGUCAUUGUCUUCUUCGAGUGCUCGCUUGUGCUCCAGGUUUAUGUCAUAUGUUCCACUCUUCGCCGUCGAUACCGAAAGCUCCUGCUGGCAGGGUCUGUUCUGAUGGCUCUAGUUCCAAUCGGAUUUCGCAUGGGAUUCAUGGUUGAGAAUUGCAUCGAGAUCAUCACCCUGUCUUCCUUCAAAGACAUCCGCUGGCUAGAGAGUGCCGAAGGCAUUGUGAUCACGAUUAGCAUCUGCUUCUUCUGCGCCGUGUUCGUAGUCAAGCUUGGAUUUGCCAUUCACCAACGCCGAAGCCUGGGUGUUCGAGACUUCGGGCCCAUGAAAGUGAUCUUCGUCUGUGGAUGCCAGACUAUGACCAUUCCUGCUGUGUUCACGAUCCUCCAGCACGCUGUCUCGAUUCCAGAAAUUUCUUCCAAUGUCCUGACGCUGGUAACUCUUUCUCUGCCACUGUCAUCUAUUUGGGCAGGGGCUACAAUUGACGCCCACCGCACUGAGCCUGUUCCUGGUCAUCGACGCAACCUGUGGCAAAAGCUGGCUUUUGACAGUGACACCACUCUUCGCUCCAAGCAGACUGCGACUGAGAUGACAGCUAGCUCUGCGGCUCAGACUUUGUGCUACUCGGAUCAGGUUAUGUCUAAGCAUUCCCAUGAUUCUGAGAUGCCUCUGGGGAUUUCUGUUGAGCAUGAUAUCUCUGUCACCAGCACUCACCGAAAGAAUUCGUCGGUCUAA